CACCAGAUUUUGCCAAUUGUUGGCCACACUCGUAUAUAAAGAGGUUCCUUUUCAUUGCAAGGCUCAUAACUGGCCUAAUUUUGCGCGCAGAAUAACAUGAAGUUCCUGGUGAUAUUUGCUGCUGCACUGCUAUGUGUACAAGCCGUUCAAUUGCCAUACCUAAUCUACAGUGAGCCCGACACCAGUUCAUUGGAUUCCAGUGAGGAGACAAACAACCCACUUCCUUCUACCUCUAGUCAACGUCCACCAGGCCUGCCGGGUAUUAAUGUGAUUAACCGGCCUGAUUCGUCUGAGUCCAAUGAGGAUGAAUACCGUAUACUUUUACCUACUAAUGGUGAACGCUUAGCAAGUCUUCCGGGUAUUGGUGUGGUCAAUCAGCCUGUUUUUCAAGCGGUUAAAGUGAAGGUGCCACGCUAUGGAAACGCAUUGAUCAGACAACAUCUUUUAGCUCAAGCUUUGGCUGCACGUGGCAUUAACCCGCAAUAUCUUUCGCCGCAACCUUUAACAAGACGUCCAACUAACGUGGAACAGAAUCAAGUUUUGCUGAUACGCGCACAGCGUCAAGCGCCAGUUACACCGGCUGUAGAUGAAGGGAUCUCAGAAACUACUACGGUAGCUGGUGACGUGGUAACGGACGUGCCAGUGGCUGCACCCGUCGUGUCCACAGUUCCUAUUGGCUCGAAAUCAACUUAAAAAUGUGUGCUUUUAAAUGCUGUCGGUUGUCGGAGGUUGAGGAGGCAAGGCGAAUUCAUUAAAGGUGUUAACACUAGACCAGCAACAAAGUUUUAUUCAUUAGAAUAUCACGACAAAUCAACGACGAGUAGUGAUAAAAUAGAACGAUUUCUCGUCAUUUCAUUUUUUGCUGACUACCUGAUGUUGAAGGCGCAUGCAAAAAAAAAAAAAACAAUUCAACUGGUCUACUGAUAUCACCUGAGGGAACUUUCGAUCAAACCUUAUCAACAUUGGCGGAUUCAUUUCAUUCAAAAAUAUUGAGAAUAAUACCUCCUUUUUAAACAAAUAAAAUAAUCCACUUUAAUCAGGUUCACUUCCUUAUGAUUUUCCCCGCUUAAUAAAUAUGACUGCAUUUUUCGUCUCGUUUAUUUUAUGUUAAAUAGUAAGGCUAAAAGAGAUUUUCCUCACGAACUAUGUGCCAAAAUAAACUGACCUAUGGCAAGAUCUUGCCUACGAUUA